GGAAUCAGACAGAUCGAGAAACACACAGAUAGUAAGCAACGACGAUCCCACUGACUGUGAGACAACUAUUAUAUAAACAUAGAAAAUAAACUGGUCAGCCCAUGGUGGUCAACCUUGAGUCCUGGUCAAGCCUCACAACACACUACGAGUACAGGAGCAGCGGACAAUGGGGAAAGGGGGCAACCGUUCAGAGCUCCAGCAGACCGGGGAGGAAGUCCCGUCUGACCUGGAGACAAUCUCGUGGGAUGAAGUGAGCAAACACAACGGCCUGCUGACGGAGGAUCGUAGUAAAUGGCUGGUGAUCGACGGACAAGUUUACGACAUCACAUCCUGGUCAAUGAAACACCCCGGUGGUCGGAGACUUUUGUCCCACUACGCUGGACAAGAUGCCUCGGAGCCGUUUACUGCAUUUCAUCCAGACAGCCAGAAGGUCAAGAAGUACCUCAAAGCCCUGACUGUGGUCGGAAAGGUGGAGCAGAGAGAAGCGAGAAAGGACAUUGAAUCCGAUUUCAGCAAACUCAGAACAACCGCUCAGCAAAUGGAGCUCUUCAAGCCAAAGCUCACCUUUUACUGGAUCAUGGCCAUUCACAUUAUUUUGAUGGAUUUAUUUGCGUAUCUCAACAUGCUAUACUUUGGAGUAGGCUGGAUUACCUUCGCUGUUGCAGCUAUACUUGCAUCUACAGCUCAGGUUCAAGCUGGCUGGCUACAGCAUGACUUGGGCCAUUUGUCUGUAUCCAAAAGUCGUAAAGUCAACCGAGCUCUGCACGCAAUGACAAUGGGAUGCUUAAAGGGUGCUUCUGGAAACUGGUGGAACCAUAUGCACUACCAGCAUCACGCUAAGCCAAAUGUGAUGAAAAAAGAUCCUGAUGUGAGACUAGAAGCCCUCUUUGUUGUGGGCGAGAACAUGCCAAAGAAAAUCGCAGAGGAAGGGAAAUCUGUCAUGCCUUACAAUCACCAACACAAGUAUUUCUUUAUCAUUGGCCCACCACUUCUUUUCCCGGUCUACUUCCAAUUUAUGACUUUUUAUUUUUGUAUCACACGCAGGGAAUGGAUGGAUCUGUUUUUGAUGAUGACCUUCUAUGUGCGUUUCUUCAUAUGGUAUAUUCCCCUGCUAGGAAUCUUCAAGGCAGUUCUACUCUUUGAAGUCAUGAGGGUUUGUGAGAGCAUAUGGUUUACGUGGGUGGCUCAGUCCAACCAUAUACCCAUGAACAUCGAGGAAGAUACUGGGAAACCAUGGUUACAACUUCAGUUGAGUGCGACAUGCAAUAUCGUUCAGUCUGCCUUCAAUGAUUGGUUUACAGGUCAUCUGAAUUUCCAGAUCGAACACCACCUGUUCCCCACGAUGCCAAGACACAAUCUACACCGCAUCGCUCCGAUGGCCAGGUCCCUCUGCAAGAAACACGGCGUCGACUACCAACUCAAGACACUUGGCUCGGCACUCAUAGACAUUGUAACGUCACUGGAGAAAUCUGGCAAGAUCUGGUUUGACGCCUACUACAGCCUCAGACACGACCUUUGAGGACAAAGGUCACAGAGUUUAAGGUCACAGAUCACGAGGGAAAUAUCAUGUAAUAAAUGAAACGUGUGUGGACGCUUAUUAUGAUUGUUCAUUAUUACAAAAACAGCAGCCGAUAAAUUUCAAAUAAACAAAGGUUAUAAAAGUGAUUGGAGUUUGGUUUUCACAGAUGUAAGAUAGGGGGACCUUUUUUAUGAGGAUGUCUGCCAUUUUGUUUUUCUUCCAUUCAAAUCGAAAACCAAAGAGAGGUUUGAUGGGGACAAAUGUGUAGCCUUGGUUUGGUGCACUGGUAUUUAUUUCAGGUAUUGGUUGUAGUCAAAAGCAGAACAGUUCUUUUUCAGAACUUAGAAACAUCCCAAGUUCCGAAAAAAAUACUCUGUCACAGUAGAAUAAACCCUCAAAAGUCACACAUGUGAAAGAGGUUGCCUAAGUUCACAUAGAACUUCUUUUCUUACAUUUGCUUAGCACUAUGAAUUUUUUGCUUAGCAGUAAACGAGUGACCAACCAAGUUUGUGAUGUUUACUGCUUUGCUUAAAGUUGUCUAAAAUAGUUGGUUAAUGAAGGUGCAUUUGAUGCAAAGUUUUCCCGAGCGUGGAUAUUUAAAGAUGUUUUCUCGAUCACAACAAAAUUUUAGUUUAAAAGAAUUUUGUACUUGUCUGUUUUAAUAUAUUUUGGAAGAGUACCUAAAUUAAAAUUAAAAUUUAGAUUUUAUUUUUGGGUAACUAGUUGACUAAAUGAAUUUGUUUUCUAACUUGGUUUGGUGAACUUUGACCUUCCUGAGGCUGAUUUGAAUUGAAGUGAACUUAAUAAAGGGAAGAAAGUUCUGUGAACUUUUAAUGGUGUUAUUUGCAAUAAAUCUUAAAAUUCCCUACAAAUUUGCUACUUGUGUGUUGAUCAACAUCCACAAACGACUGAAAAUAGUGUCUAAACACAAACUGUCGUAACUCCUAUUAUAUACGGCUCUAAAAGGGUGAAAUUUUAUACGUUUUUGUUAAUGUUGAUAACGUUCGGCCCGUGAAUCAGAUUAGUAAAGGGCGCCUCUCAUCGGCUCGCUGAGCGUGAUGUAAACAUCUUACUAUUUUUACACUAUGUUACAGUGGUGGUGCAGAAUGAUCUGUGCAAAUUGACUGGCAUGCUUAUCCGAAAAGCUUUCGUUUAUUGUUUAUUACCCAAUUGUCCUAAUUGUUGUUCACGUCCGCUCUGACUACUAAUUUGCAUGAAAUGUUUUCUUUUGUCUUAUGUAGCAAUGGCUACAAAUUGGUUAUUUAUGUUAAACAUAUUUCCAAAUCAUUAUUUUACCUUAUAUAAAAUCUUGAAAAUCAAGAUAAACUCAAAAAUAAUUUCCUUUUUUUUUUUUUUUUUUUUCAAAUUAAAAAUUGCAUAAGUUAAUCCCUGUUUUACCUUAGAACUAAAACCCUUAAUGUAUUAAGUGAUGAGUUAACCAAUUAAAUCAACGGUCUUGUAUGUGUGUGUUGUACUGUGCUCGUUUGCGCUUGUUUAGUUUCCCCCUCGCCCCUGUGAUGCUCCGCCCAACCUAACCCAUAAUCCUGCCCACAAUGACAUGUCAUUAUUCCACUCUAAUCCCAACCCUUGGAUGCAGAGGGUCUGGAAAUUCCUUGGAAGUUCAAAAGUUUUAUUCAAAUAUUGUUUUUUUUUUUCAACUCCCAACUAUCAAAUAUCUCAAAAGCAGCAGCCUAAACAGUUUUUCCAAUCAUUUGAAGCAAGUAAGAUCACACCUUACUAAAGUUCCAUCGAAAUAAAUACAUUAAAAAUCAAACGGAGUAUGCACAGGGAAGUGCUUAUAAUAAAUUGAAAAUAACAACUCUUAUUCAAUAUAUUAAAUAUUGAUUUGGCAAAGCAAUUAAUAGAUAUCUGUUCCUCGUAUAUGUGAUUUUCUAAAGUAUUCUUAAGUUUAUGAAAUAAAUUAAAGUAGUAUAGUAUAUGAGUAUUACAUGCAGUUAUUAAUACUAUGACGUCACACACAAACCAGCCAGUAUUAGUAGUAACCUUUUUAUACAAAAAUCACAAUAAUCUUGGUCAUUGUUUACCAUGGUUACAGUUAAAAUAACAAAGAGAUUUUACUAAGGUUUCAAGUAUUACAUAGGCAGUGUGAAGUAGAAGGACAUUCUAGUAUUAGUUUGUCAUUAAAUAGCCUGGAAACGUCUCUUACAGCCUAUACAUAGUGGGUCAGGCUUUGUACUCUGUUCCGACUUUUUUCAAAGGACCAGGGCCCAAUUUCAUGGCUCUGCUUACCGCCGAAUUCUGUGCUUAUGAUCAUGAUUACCCGCGCUAACCUUGUAAGCAUAGAAUGCCUAGUAACGUGGAGUACACAUGCGCAGAAGCCAAAAUUCGCCGCUAACCCGUGAA